AUGGGUGAAUCUUCUGAGCCAAACAUCGCGAAGGAUGUCACCGAGGUGACAUUCACUGCCCCCUGAUAUAUAUUUUUUUCUCCAUUCUUCUGAACAGACUGAUCUCUCUCAAUCGUACGUCAUCAUUCGACUACUGAUAACACUGGAUACCUCUAUCUCUCCCGCAGUUGAUCGGCAAGACCCCGUUGGUGUAUCUCAGCAGGGUUGUGGAUGGAUCCGUCGCUCGGAUUGCUGCAAAGUUGGAGAUGAUGGAGCCCUGCUCCAGCGUCAAGGACCGGUAAUCUUUUACCAUCUUCUGCAUUUGUUUCAUCUCCUACUUUUAUAAAGUUCAAUGUCUUUUUCUUCUUCUUCAUCUGCAUUGCGCCGAUACGUUGUUUUCACCUGCUGUUGCAGUAUUGGAUACAGUAUGAUCGCCGAUGCUGAGGAAAAGGGCUUCAUCUCUCCUGGGAAGGUGAGCCACCAUUUUCUGCGGGCGAUUUACUUACCAACACAUUGUGCUUUCAUCAGGGAAGAGCAAGGUUAUAGAUUAUCUUUCUGAUUUUCUUUCUUUUCGGAGACUACAAGUUUCUCCAAGUGAAUGUGAAAGAGGAGAUUUGAUCGCUCUCUUUUGCUUCAGGACGUCAACACACCUCACAAUUUUAUUUCAUUUGAUUUUAUUUUAUUUUCCGGUUGAGAUCACGCUGAUCAGCUUGAGAUUCAUUCUACUGAAUCUAACGAGAACCUGCUGCUAGAGAUUAUAAUGCACUGCUCCACACUGGAGAGCACGCUUGCCAUGAUCUGAACAAGAAUUCCUGUCUGAUUCUUACUUGAAGUUUUCACUUGUUGCGUAUUUCUCUUCAGUAAUCAAGAUUCCUUGAAGUUCCGCAUUGAUUUAUUUAUCUAUCUAUAUAUAUAUAUAUAUAUAUAUAUAUAUAUAUAUAUAUAUAUAUAUAUAUAUAUAUAUAUAUAUAUAUAUAUAUAUAUAUAUAUAUCUGUGCAUUGAUGCAUAACAAAGGCCAAUUUUCUCGAAUCCUAAUGCCCCAGAUUUAGAAAAUAAGCUACGAGAUAGAAAAAUGUUCUUCCUUGAAACUGAAAUAUUAUGAUAUAUAAGCUGAUUUACUGUCUUGUGUUGGGCAUGGGAUGGAUUGUUGAAGAGUGUCCUCAUUGAGCCUACCAGCGGCAACACCGGCAUCGGCCUGGCCUUCAUGGCUGCAGCGAAAGGCUACAAACUUGUCCUCACCAUGCCUGCUUCCAUGUCCCUUGAGAGAAGGAUCAUCCUGAAAGCCUUUGGAGCUGAGCUGGUCCUGACAGACCCAGCCCUGGGGAUGAAGGGAGCAGUGCAGAAAGCAGAAGAAUUAGCCUCAAAGACUACAAAUUCAUACAUCCUGCAGCAAUUUGAGAAUCCAGCGAACCCCGAGGUGUGGGUGAUUCCUCUUCAAGAUCAACAUCGAGAACGUCUUCCUGUCAAUCACUUAACCUAUCUGAAUUCCCUCUCCUGAAUAGAUCCACUACAAGACCACGGGGCCUGAGAUAUGGAAAAGCUCAGCUGGCAAGGUCGCCGCCCUUGUCUCUGGGAUUGGAACUGGAGGCACCAUCACCGGAGUGGGAAGAUACCUCAAAGAGAAGAAUCCAAACAUCAAGGUACGGCAUUUUUACUUUGUCCCCAUUUAUCCUAAUUUCUCUGAGCUACUAGCCCUCCAUGGCUUCUUCUUCAUGCUGCAUAUCCUUCGCCCUGACAUUACAUUUUUCCGUCUGUUUAAGAUUUAUGGAGUGGAACCGACUGAGAGUGCGGUUCUUUCUGGAGGAAAGCCAGGUUAGCUCGUCCUCUUCUUCAUUGACUCCCUUCCCCUGUGUUCUACGGGCAUUUUGAUCCAGGAAGCAUGUGAUUGUUGAUGGGCUUUCCACCUAAAACCUAUUCUCCUUUCCAUUUUUGUACUAACCGAGAAUCCCUGUUAAUCUGUCUAUCCCUUUGAAGAAGCUACUUAGGAAGAGUUACCUUAAUUCAUAUAAUCUGGAAUAAGAAUUAAGAUGCGAAUUGCUUCUAGUUGUGUGGCUUCAUGAUAACAUCUAUGUGGGGAUGAAUACUUUUGAAUGCCUGGUUUACCGAACACCAGAAAAAAAAAAAUUAAUGUCUGAUUUUACCCCAAAAAUGGAAAAUGAGAAAUAUUCGAUCAUAAUAUCGUAAUAUCCCUUUGAAGGGGCUAAAUCAGGAAGAGUCGCCCUACUUCAUUUAAUCUGGAGUAUGAAUUAAGAUAUGAAUUGCUUCUAUUUUUUUGGUUUCAUGAUAACAUGUAGUGUGGAGAGAGAUCCAAAUAAAUAUUUGGUUUUACGACAAAAAGGAAAAUAAGAAAUAUACGAUCAGAAUAUCGUAAUAUUUCGAAUAGUAGUUCUCAAUUAUUAUGCCAGAAUCAUCGCUGUUUCUGCUUUUGACAUUUUUCAGGCCCUCACAAGAUCCAGGGAAUCGGCGCUGGUUUCAUCCCUGGGGUCUUAGACGUGGAUCUCAUCGACGAAGUCAUCCAGGUAUGCAUAUUUCUGUUCCCAAGAGCUUGAAUGCCCCAAUUGAGCGAUUUAUUUGUAUGCAUUAAUCGAUAAAUACUUGUCACCAAACACAGCAGCAUCUCGUGCAUCCCCUACUUUUACUUAUUUAUUCAUUUCUAUAACAUCUCUCUCUCUCUCUCUCUCUCUCUCUCUCUCUCUCUCUCUCUCUCUCUCUCUCUCUCUCUCUCUCUCUCUCUCUCUCUCUCACUCACUCAGGUCUCGAGUGACGAAGCCGUGGAGACAGCGAAGCAACUUGCACUGAAGGAAGGCCUGCUGGUGAGCCGUUGAGAGCCCCGGUUGCUUCUUCGGCCUUCAUCAGGGGCCGUUAAUGACCACCGUUUAUAUUUAUGUAGGUCGGGAUAUCCUCCGGGGCUGCGGCGGCGGCCGCCAUCAAGCUCGGUCAGAGGCCAGAGAAUGAGGGGAAGCUCAUCGUGGUAAUCCUCUCUCUCCCCUCUCUCUCUCUCUCUCUCUCUCCCUCUCGCUUUCUAUGAAAGAGGCUUGUUUUGACCCGUUGAGUGUUGAUCUCUGGGUGGGCAGGUGGUCUUCCCCAGCUUCGGGGAACGCUACCUCUCCUCGGUGCUCUUCCAGGCCGUGAAGAAGGAAGCCGAGAGCAUGGUCUUCGAGCCCUGA